AUGAGCUACGCCGAAGUUGCAGCCAAGGGCCCCAAGCAGAGCCCAGAAGAAGUAGGCAUAUCCCAUCGCGCUCCUCCAGUUCCCUCGCUCCCUCAUGAUGAGUCCGAGUCGGCAAGUUUGAUCGACGUGGACUCGCCGCACGUCACUUCCGUCAAGUCCGAUUUCCAGGAUCAAAAGGUCAAGACCGAGACCCAAGCCGGGCGGAUCGAACACGAGGCAGAGGACAAGGCUCGUGCGGCCGCCGAAAAGGCUGCGGACGCGGCGGAGAAGGCUAAGAAGAAGGCCGUCACACAGGGGAAGGGAGUCAAGGAUGCUUUGAAGAAAGAUGGCCGGAAACUGAGCGAGAACAGAGACAAUCCUGUUGUCGUUGGAAAUGCCGUCGUCUGGGGUGUCGCUACUGUUGCCAUCGGCUACGGGGCGUAUCAGAAACACACCGAGGGCAAAUUGGACUGGAAGCUGGCCAGUACCGUGGCAGGAUUCGUGGGCGCCUUCGCCGUGGCCGACUAUUUCGGCAGCAAGUGA